CCCUCCCAUGGAUUCAGACGAGGAGUCAGACAAGUACCUGUUGGGCUUCAUAAUGGCCAACAUCGUGGGCCUGCAGCACCACUCCGGCAGCAUCCACGGCCGAGCACUGGUGGGCCUAGUCCGCGAGCCCCACAACCCGCACGACCCAAACGCCAUCCAAGUCCUCAACACACACUCCCUCCCCGUCGGCUACAUCGAGCGCGCCGCCGCCGCCGCCCUCUCCCCCCUCAUCGACGCCCACCUCGUCACCGUCGAAGCCAUUGUCCCCAACGCCCGCAAAAAAUCCCACCGCGUCCCCUGCCAAAUCCACGUCUUUGCUCGCCUCCAAAACUUCAACGCCGUCAAACACUCCGUUACCAACUCCGGCCUCAAACUCAUCACCGAGUCCAACCCCGCCUUCACCCUCUCCGACGCCGUCGCCGUCAAAGAGACCAAAGCUCAGAAUGAGUCCAUGUCCGUUGACACCGUUUUCAACCUCGUCGAUCGCAGCCUCGCCGAUUCCACUUAUAACCGCGUCAUCGAACCCUUGGAGCCUACCAGAAGCAUCAUCAAAUCGGAGCUUCUUCAGCACCAGAAGGAGGGUCUCGCGUGGCUUCUUCACCGCGAAAAGUCUCACGAUUUGCCCCCUUUUUGGGAAGAAAAAAAUGGCAACUUUGUAAACAUCUUAACCGAUUAUCAAACACGUGAAAGGCCCCACCCUUUGCGAGGUGGCAUUUUCGCAGAUGAUAUGGGCUUGGGAAAGACCCUAACUUUGCUUUCUUUGAUGGCUUUUGAUAAAAAGAGCCAAAUGGGUAUCUCUGUGACCAAAAAACGAAGCAAAGUUGAAAGUGAAAGGACCCUUGGUGUGAGAACAAACGCAACUUUGGUUGUGUGUCCUCCUUCUGUUAUGUCCACGUGGAUAGCGGAAUUGGAGGAACAUACUGUGCUGGGUGGAUUGAAGACUUAUAUGUAUUAUGGAGAAAGGAGGACCAAGAAUGUUGAGGAGCUUAAGAAGUAUGAUUUGGUGUUGACUACUUACUCUACUUUGUCCAGUGAACAGCUCGUGUUGGAGAUGCCGGCGAAGAAAAUGUUGUGGCGGAGGAUUAUACUAGAUGAGGCUCAUGCCAUCAAAAAUUUCAAUGCUCAACAGAGUGCAGCUGUUUGCAAGUUGAAUGGUGAGUGCAGGUGGGCCGUCACAGGGACACCGAUUCAAAGUGGUUGUAUUGAUUUGUUUUCUAUCAUGGUCUUUUUGCGAUUUGAACCGUUUUCGGUCAGAAGCUAUUGGAGAGACUUGGUGCAGCGCUCUCUUGAUCAGGGCACAGACAAAGGGCUCUUACGUUUGCAGGUUUUGAUGGAUGCAAUAGCUCUGCGAAGAACAAAAGACGUGACAUUGGCGGGGCUGCCACCAAAAACGACAGAGGUUUGUUAUGUUGAGCUUUCUUUGGAAGAACGUGAACUGUAUGAUCAGAUGAAAGAGCAAACAAAGACAUUGUUGAGUAGUUUUGGCCAUGAGGACAGUCUAGUGCCUCAAUAUUCUGCUGUGCUAAGUAGGAUUCUAAGACUUCGCCAAAUCUGUACUGAUUUGAAAUUGUGUAAAGAUCAGUCGCUACUCAUUACAAACAUUGAAGAUGUUUCCAAUAACCCUGAAUUGCUGCAAACAUUACUUGGGCAGCUGCAAGAUGGUGAAGACUUUGACUGUCCAAUUUGUUUAUCCCCUCCCAUGGAUAUUGUGAUCACAUGUUGUGCUCACAUUUUUUGCCGAGGCUGUAUUCUGAGAACUCUGCAAAACAACAAUCCCUGUUGUCCUCUAUGCCGGCAUCCUCUCUCUGAAUCUGACUUGUUCUCAGCCCCUCCGGAGUCUUCCAAGGCAGAUGGUAAUGAUUUAUACUCAUCAUCAAAAACAGGAUUAUCUUCCAAGGUGUCUACACUAAUAAAACUCCUUACACAAUCAAGGGACCAACAUCCAGCAGCCAAGUCAGUUGUGUAUUCGCAGUUUCGAAAAUUGCUGUUGUUACUGGAAGAGCCUCUGAACGCAGCUGGUUUCAAGACUUUGCGUCUUGAUGGGACAAUGAAUGCUAAACACAGGGCUAAAGUGAUUGAGCAGUUUCAAGUGCAGGGAAGAGAUGGCCCCACGGUUCUGCUUGCAAGCCUCAGAGCUUCAAGUGCAGGCAUUAAUCUCACAUCUGCCUCUAGGCUUUACUUUAUGGAGCCAUGGUGGAACCAUGCUGUUGAGGAACAGGCAAUGGAUCGUGUCCACCGCAUUGGACAGAAAGAGGCUGUGAAGGUUGUCAGAUUGAUAGCUCAAAACAGCAUUGAAGAGAAAAUGUUGAUGUUGCAGGAGAAGAAGAAACAACUAUCUAGGAAAUCUUCUGGGACGGGAUUGAAGGGCAUGGGUAUGAACGAUAUACGUUUUCUUUUAGAUUGAUAGACAAUUACUGGUUGCAUGGGUGGGGCAGUGAGUUAACAGUGAGUUAACUGUGAAAGGGAAUUCGUCUGUUUGAUUUCCUUAAACUCUUUUGUGGCCCAACACUUUUGUUUGACUAAAACAACGUAAGAGGAUAAACUGCUUUUUGAAUCCGUGCAUUGUAGUUUGCAUGGUUUACAACUUUACCAAUGAUGCAAUCUUAAGGAGAGAUAAUAAGUUAGCAUGCAUGCUUGUUGACUUUGGA